GCUCCGCCGCCGCGCCCUGCCGCACCCCCACCUCCCCCGCCGUCCAUUCCAGGGCGCUGCGGUCGGCGACGGAAGGAGGAAGUAGUCCCAGCCCUCCCACCGCGGGUCGCAUCACGCGGGGCGGGAGCGGAUCCGUGCGCCGAGAGGUUGCUAAGGGUGAAAGUUUGCCGUGAGUUGGCUCACUCGGGGCCAGGGCGCGGGUGGCUUUAAGAGUACAGCAGCAGCAUCUCCGCCACUGCGCUGGGCCCGCCCUGCGCCAUCGGGGACAAGGGAGGGAGGGGACGGACGAGGCGUGGCAGAGCAGAGCAGAGAGCCGCCGGCAGCGCCCUCGGUCCCCGAGACAGCCGCCAGCAGCCGCCGGCCCUGGAGUCGAGGACGAAUGCAGUAGAAAGAGAUUGAGGGGAUCCUACAGGAGCGCAUCUUGCCAUGCCAACAAUACUGAGGAGCCAGUGACUUUUUUUUGUGCCUUCAACAGAGACUUCCUCACAAGGCAGUCAGAGAGAGGAGGGAGAAUUACUUCAAUCUUUGGCAAGCAAUUUCAGUUUUUAUUAGGUCUCUUUGGAGUCAAAACUUGUCUAUGUUCCUGUCAUUUUGUCACUUUUAAUACACUGCCCUGACUUGUUUGCUGGGAAGAGAGUAUGCAUCUGGAGAUCAAAGUUGCUCUUAACUUCAUCAUCUCAUACCUGUACAACAAGCUUCCUCGGAGGCGGGCAGACCUGUUUGGUGAGGAGCUAGAGCGCCUGCUGAAGAAGAAGUAUGAGGGUCAUUGGUACCCAGAGAAACCUCUGAAGGGAUCUGGCUAUCGCUGUGUUCAUAUAGGGGAGACAGUGGAUCCGGUGGUGGAACUGGCAGCCAAGCGGAGCGGGCUGGCUGUGGAGGAUGUGCGUGCCAAUGUACCAGAAGAGCUGAGUGUCUGGAUUGAUCCUUUUGAAGUUUCCUACCAGAUCGGUGAGAAGGGCUCUGUUAAGGUUCUCUAUCUAGAUGACAGUGAGGGCUGCAGUGCCACAGAGCUGGACAAAGAAAUCAAGAGCAGUUUCAACCCCGAUGCCCAGGUAUUUGUCCCUAUUGGCAGCCAGGACAACUCACUGUCCAACUCUCCAUCCCCCUCCUUUGGCCAGUCACCCAGCCCCACCUUUAUCCCUCGCUCUGCGCAGCCCAUCACUUUCACCACUGCCACCUUUGCUGCCACCAAAUUUGGCUCAACCAAGAUGAAGAAGGGUGGAGGAGCUGGAGGAGGGGGCAGUGGAGCAGGAGCUGUGCAGCAGCCGAGAAUGGUCAGGUCUCCCACCACCAACCUGCUGAAGCACAAGGGCCUGUCCCUAUCUAUGCACUCUCUGAACUUCAGCGGGAGUGCUGGGAGCCAAGCCCCACAGUCACAGCUCUCCCCCAAUGCCAAGGAGUUCGUUUACAGUGGCACCUCGUCAGGAGCCAGCAGUCUCUUCUUUGAUGGUGUUGCCAGUGAGAGCGCAGCCAGCAGCAUCCCGCCAGCAUCACAGUUCAGUGCCAGCACAGGUGGUACCUUUGAUAUGGCUCAGGUCUUCAGUGGCAGCACCAAUAGCCUCUUCUUGGAGAAGUCUCCCUUUGUGGAAGGACUCAGCUACAACCUGAAUGCCAUGCAGUAUCCUAGCCAGUCGUUCCAGCCCGUUGUCCUGGCCAACUGAAUAUAAAGGAAGGAGAGUAUUUUGGGGCAGGGUGGGAGGGGGGAAGCCAGAACAAAACAAGAGGGAGAGAAAAGAAAAAUAGAAAUAUACAGAAAACAUUAAAACCUUACAAAUACAGGUUCUUUGGAAAAGAGCUCAGUGUUGUUGCGCUGAGUGGUAACACUCCUGAAGCACUGAAUUGUUUUUUAACUAGUACCUGUGCUUUUUUCCUACUCACUUUUUUACUCCCUAAAAUGAGUCUUGGGCUUUUCUUUUUUGUUUGUGUUCCCUCUUCUCCCACCCCAGCCCAGGACUGGUGCAACUGUAGGUCGCAAUGCUUCUGAUUGCCUGCACCACCCCCUGCCCCACACUAGACACAGGGUCCUUCCACCUGGGUGUAGGGAUGUCAUCUUCAUACCACUGUGCUGGAGGAGGGACAAGAGUCAGUGUUGGUGGUGGGACACACACCUGUUGCGUGCUAGCCAGAAUGGGUGUGUGAGCUUGUGUUUUCUGUUACAACUCUGCAUGUAGACAGAGAACAUCCCCUGUUCUCACGGGUGCAGACCAUUGUUCUAUUGUGGCUCCAGCCCAAGCUAUCAUCAGCUGUUCUGUCUGUGUGCUGAAAAGCACUGACUCUUCUCCUUGACUAUCUCCCAGCACGUCACAGGGCAGAGCAUUACUAUGAAAUGGCUUCUUCCUGCUCCCUUCCUCAUCUGCACUUCCAGCUGUGGCUACAGGGGGACAGUGCUUUGAGCUUACUGGCUCUGGAUAUUGGACCUUUUUGUACUUGAGCAAGAGAGCCUUUUUAUGGUCUCUCAGGGCUGCCCAGUCAGUCUGGAUGACAGCCCCUGUGGUGUAGAAACACCAUCUGUCUCUCUUUGUGGCUUGGGGGAGGUGGCACUGAAACAGCUGGACCCCACUUGGAUCCUCCCCCUACUUUCCCUCCCCAGCAGCAGGGGCCAGCAUCCACUUUUGGUGGCCUCUGAGGUCAGAGUUCUCAUUAUCUGCUGUGAAUUCAUCUUGUCUCAGAGAAGAAAUUCCUUCCUUUUUAGUUAGUGAGGCAGCACAACUUUUCAGGAAGAUAGGGUAAUGUUGAAGCUGCUGUCCUGAGUGGUAGGAUAAGGGUUUAUGCUUUCAGCCAGGUACACACGUGAUUAAAUCUCUUCCCUUGCCUUUCUGGAGAAGCAUGAGAAGGUGGCUGAUCCAGUGAGAAAAGGGAGCAUCUAACAUAAAUUCCACAUUCCAGUCUGAUCACAUCAGCAUGGACAGCAGCAAGCUUAGGGCAGGGCUGGGCUCUCCAAAAGCAAGUGGUCAUCUCAGCCUAUGAAUGUAUGGUGCCUCUUCACAUCAGGGAUAAGAUCUGUGACUCUGCAGCUUUUUCCAGGAUGAUGUGCUGCAGGCAGUAGUGGCUGUUCAGCUUGAUCCCUUCUGUGCUGAGGACUCCAAAAACUACCUUCACAAAAAGCCAAAGGAGGGCUGCUUCAUGCUCAGGAAGGGUGGAGGCUUUUUAGGUGGGAAGAGAGGUCUCCUUGGAGGCUGCUGUGUGAGCAUAGAAGUGUGCAAAAAGGAGAGAGAUGGAGAUGAAACUUCAGUCUUUCAGGUUCUCAGUUUAAAUGAAAAAUAGGCUUUUGCUGCUUCCCAAACUUGAGGUUUGAUUUUCUUUUCAUGAUGCUUCUUGGAGCACAGUCUGAAAUCCACUCCUCCUGCACUUGUGGAACCAAUGUGCUCUUUCAAGAAAUCUGUUUCAGGAGAGAUAAGCUUGACAUGUGCUUUUCCUGCUCCCUUCCCUGAGAUGGAGGCACUCCAGCUCCUUUCGUAGUGUUGCCAACGUGCAUUUGCAGAAGGUAAUGGGCUGUCCCAGGAAGACUGCUUCUGGCCAGAGAUCGCCAAGGAGAGUUUCCAGUGCAUGCUUCCCUUUGAUGGGUGAUGGAGCGCAUGAUACUGACCUUGUGCCCAGCAUAGGCUCCCAAGCAGGCUGCUGGCUCUUGAGUUAUGACCAAUGCACCAGAUGGGUGAGGAGAGCAGAGCCCAGACAGUUUCCCCAAAGCUGGUGCCCACAUCAUCAACCCUGCAGGUUUCCAGACUAGGACAAGUUGAUGAGGAAUGGCCCAGCUGUUGUGAUUCCCUUUUCUCUUUCCUUUGAACUCACUGCUUUUAAUGGAUACUACCACUGCCAUGGAGUCCUUCUCCCCAACAGGGUGCUGCUGGAUGCCACCCCACAUGCUGCACUGGACUCUGAGGGGUGCUCAGCCCCUGAUGGCAGGACCUGGUCCAGUUGCCCUCCACUGACCCCACAUCUGGGAAAGCUGCCUGCCAUGAGACAGCAUACUCUCCUCCAGCACAGGGAGGGAGAGAAGAAGUGGAGAUGUUCCCUGUCCACCUGCUUAUGUGUGUGAAGCUUUGAUGCUGCAUUGCCCUGCCACACGUAUUAUACCUGCUUUAAAAAUAGUGGUAUGAGUGGAAGGAGGAAAAGAAGAGGGACCAACCUCUUUGCAUCUUAAAAGGAAAAAAGUGUGCUUCAGAAAUGUUCCUCCAGCAUCAGGCGGCAAUGGAAACUAAUGGCCUUUUCAAGUCUUUUCUAGUCUUGGAUGUAGGCGUUCAGCUUCAAUUUUAUUUUUUAAAAACCUGCACUAAUUUACCUGGUUUCUGAGGAAGAGAGGAGAGGUGGUUUUUUUUAACUUUUAUUUUUAUGGGUUUAUGUUCUUUUUGUUGUUUGUUUAUAUUGAAUAAUUUCCUACAUUUGUAAAAUGUAAGAGGUAUAUAUAAUAUAUGUAUAUUUCUAACAUAAAAAAAGUAAUUUUUUUCUUUUCAAGAUUUUUUCUUAAAAAGAGGAGAGAAAAAUAUUUUUUCAGGAAAAAAACUUUAAAAAAAAAAAAAGAAGUGGUGAAGAUUCCUUUCUCCCCACUCAGCCUCCCUUUCUUCCCACUCCUCUCCAAGGAGUGAAUCGACAGUUGCCUUGUGGGAGAGGAGUGAAAGAGGACAGAAGAGUAUGUCUCCAAGUGGAGGGUUUCUGCAUGUGCUCUCUGUGCUUAGGGCUUUUUUUGGAGAUGGGGACUACUGAGAGGGUGAGCCAGGGGGUUACUUGUCUUUUUCUUUUUUUUUUUUUUCUUUUUUUUCCUUUAGAGAAGGAGGAAUACAAUCAGUUUUGUAUUCAGAAUGUUGUGCAAUAUUUUGGAAUGGGAUAUUGGUGUGUCUAGAGAUUUAGUUAAAAACAAACAAAAAAACCCACAAAAAGGUUGAUCAAAUCUGUACAGUUUCUAUUGUUCCAGAUUUUUUUAAGUUUGUAUUAAAAGCAUGAUAUAAUAA